AUGUCUAACAGAAAAAGAUCUCAGUCAUUACGGACUCAGUUGUUCAAUAAAAAUCUUUAUGUACAAUGGAAGCAGCAGCAGGACCAUACGGAGCCAUAUGAAGAGACGCUUGAGCUAGAAAGUAUGCCUAACGAACAAGGUGGGUAUAGUGGCGCAGCCAAGAAUUACGAGGAAACGCCAAGAGUUAGUUUAUGGUCAAGGUUCCUAAAUCUUUUAUUGGAUCGACCAUUAAUAACCAACAAGGAAGGUGGUCGACGGAUUCCUAUUGUGUUGGAUAAACGGGAUCAGUUCAUGAGACCUUACCUAUGUGGUCAUCAUAAUCAUGUGUACGCUCUGCGCGAUGAGAGAAAGAAUCAGCCAUAUAUAAAAAACACGAUUACAUCUUCGCGGUACACAGUUUAUUCGUUUAUUCCUAGGCAAUUGUAUGCUCAGUUUUCUAAAUUGGCUAAUACUUACUUUUUCUUUGUAGCCAUCUUACAGAUGAUCCCAGGCUGGUCUACUACUGGCCAGUUCACAACGAUCAUACCAUUGUCUAUUUUCAUGAGCAUAUCGAUUGGUAGGGAAGGCUGGGAUGAUUAUAGACGUCAUAAACUAGAUAAGCAAGAAAAUAAUAAAGCUGUCAAGGUAUUGGUAAAAAUUGAUGGUAUCAAGCAACAAAAUGAUGGCGAGGAUAGUUCAGAUAUCGAGAACUCGUUGAAUAGGCUGUCCGCUGAAACUGCUACAUCAAAUGCAGAGUUUAAAAGUUUAUUGUUUGAUACUGAACAUCUUCAAAAUCACGGCAUUCGUUUAGUCGAGAAACAAUGGAAAGAUGUUGCGGUUGGAGACUUUAUCUUGUUGAACCAAGAUGACUAUGUACCUGCAGACCUUUUAUUACUUGCAACAGAUGGUGAAAAUGGAGAUUGCUAUGUGGAAACAAUGGCCCUGGAUGGUGAAACAAAUCUGAAGAGUAGAAGGCCUGUUCCUGAAUUAUCUAAAAUGUUCUAUUCUACUUCUAAUCUAGCCUAUGCAAAGGCAUGUGCGAUUGUUGAAGAUCCAAAUAUUGAUCUCUAUAAUUUUGAAGGUACAAUUGAAUUUCCCGAUGAAAACUAUUCAACGUCGAGAAAGUAUCCAGCAGGGCCAGAUAACGUCAUUUAUAGGGGUAGCGUCAUCAGAAAUACUCAGAAUGUAGUUGGUAUGGCCAUAUUUACCGGCGAGGAAACUAAAAUUCGCAUGAAUGCCAUAAAGAAUCCCCGCACGAAAGCGCCUAAACUUCAAUCCCAAAUUAAUUCAAUUGUUGUAUUUAUGAUUUGUGUUGUUCUAUCAUUCUCAAUUUUUUCAUUUGCUGCUCAAAGAUACUAUAAAAACCGUGUUGUUGAUAAUAACAAGGCAUGGUACUUAUAUCAAGAGGAUGCUGGAGUAGCACCCACUAUCAUGUCUUUUAUUAUCAUGUACAAUACAUUAAUUCCCUUGUCUUUGUACGUCACACUCGAAGUAAUUAAAGCUGUUCAAAGUCAUUUAAUGGAGUGGGAUAUUGACAUGUACCAUUUGGAUUCGAAUACUCGUUGUGAAUCGCGAACUGCUACCAUCUUAGAGGAAUUGGGUCAGGUUUCCUAUAUAUUCAGCGACAAAACAGGAACAUUGACCGAUAAUAAGAUGAUCUUUAGAAAAUUCUCUACCUGUGGGCUAGUAUGGAGUCAUAACAUUGAGAACUUGCAUGAUAACAUUGCCAAUACUAACACUGGAGAGAGUCAGGCUUUAGAUAUUAUCUCUGUUGAUGAUAAUAGCUUCAUGCGGAAUUUUACUAAGAGUUCGCCUGAGGGUCGAACAUCUAUUGAGUAUAAGGGGAAUAAUUCUGCCACCUACACCGGACGCCCAAGCAUUGCAUCCCAAAUUGAUAGCAUAAGAUUUAAUCUUCCUUCCACUGAAAAUCUAUCUGAUAACAAUAAUGAUAAUUCACCUUCUAAAUCCGCUGAAACCCCUCCUGAGUCAAAAUUAAAAACAUCUUUGGACUUGAUUAUGUAUAUUCAAGAAAACCCCCAUACGUUACUUUCUCAGAAAACAAAGUUUUUCAUUUUGUCUUUGGCAUUGUGUCAUAGUUGCCUACCAAAAAUGUCACAAGGAUCAGGUGACAGUGAGAAUGAACAUGAUACUAUUGAGUAUCAAUCGUCAUCGCCUGAUGAGCUGGCAUUGGUUACAGCUGCAAGAGAUAUGGGGUAUGUUCUAUUGAGUCGUGAUUCUAAUGUACUAUCGAUAAAAACAUAUCCUAAGGGGUUUGAUGAAGAUCCUGUUAUUGAAAAAUACGAAAUUCUGAAUAUUAUAGAAUUCACUUCCGACAGAAAACGAAUGUCUGUGUUAAUUCGUACUCCGUAUCACCCUGGGAAGGUACUUUUAAUUUGUAAAGGAGCAGAUAAUGUAAUCCUAGAAAGGUUGCAUAAUUCUGAAUUAGCCAUGGAAAAAGCUGCAGAAAUUAGUUCUAGUUCUGAUAAAAGAAAGAUUGAAGAGGCAGAGUUGGUUUUACAACAUAGAAAAUCUUUGGAACAAGUUGUGUCAAGGAACAGUAUUGGUGGAGCUCUAAGACAAUCGAUGCAUCUGCGUUCUGCAAGAGCUAGCUUAGCCUUUCAGGCAGCGAGAAAUAGUUAUUCCUCGAAAUCCAACUCCCCUGUUACUGAUUCAGAAAUUCACAUCAAUUCGAUUGAUGAUUUUCUUGGUACAGUCACCAAACCUGAUGAAGAUGUUAAAAAUCUAUACAAGAAGUCCAAAAAGUCCUUAAGCAUGAAACAACAAGACAAAUAUUCUGAAUUAGUUAAACAUCAGAUUCCCAGCUCUUCUAAUAGUGCACCAGUGGUUCUUUCUAAACCAAAGGGAGGAGUAAAUACCCUUGAUGGAUAUAUUACGGAUGAAAAUUUGAUUCAGAAUGAAGAUUAUGUGAUUGAACGCACCUUAAAUGACAUUGAUAAUUUUUCUUCAGAAGGAUUAAGGACAUUACUUUACAGUUAUAAGUGGAUUAAUGAAGAGGAGUAUGAAAUUUGGAAUGCGCAAUAUCAUGCCGCUAAAACUUCUCUAGUUAAUCGUCGUGAGCAGAUGGAUAACUUUGGUGAGAUUAUAGAAAGAGGGUUACAUUUACUUGGUGCAACCGCUAUUGAAGACAAAUUACAAGAGGGUGUGUCUGAUUCAAUUGAAAAAAUUAGACGUGCUGGCAUCAAAAUCUGGAUGUUAACUGGUGACAAGAGAGAAACUGCGAUAAAUAUAGGUUACUCCUGUAAGCUAAUAUAUGAUUACUCUACCCUUUUUAUUGUAACAUCCAAUGAUGAGAACUUGGCUUCAAAAAUUACCACAGUCAGUAGUGAAAUUGAAAACCGUAAUGUGGCACAUUGCGUUGUUGUAAUCGAUGGCAAUACACUAACAAUGUUUGAAGGUAAUCCAACAUUAAUGAAUGUUUUCAUUGAAUUAUGUACUAAAGCAGAUUCAGUUAUAUGUUGUCGUGCCUCUCCGUCUCAAAAGGCAUUAUUAGUUACUAACAUUCGGCAAGCUGAAAAUGGACAAGUGACCUUAGCAAUAGGUGAUGGUGCAAAUGAUAUCGCAAUGAUCCAGUCAGCUGAUAUUGGUAUUGGUAUAGCUGGUAAGGAGGGACUACAGGCUUCUCGUUCUGCUGAUUAUUCGAUUGCACAAUUCAGGUACUUGUUAAAGCUACUGUUUGUUCAUGGUCGUUAUAAUUACGUUCGAACAACAAAGUUUAUUCUUUGUACCUUCUACAAGGAAUUGACAUUCUACCUAACUCAAUUGAUAUUUCAAAGAAACACAAUGUUUUCUGGUACCUCACAAUACGAACCAUGGUCUCUGUCGAUGUUUAAUACCCUGUUUACAUCAUUGCCUGUUCUCUGCAUUGGUAUGUUUGAAAAAGACUUAAAACCUUUAACCCUCUUGGCGGUUCCAGAACUUUAUAUCACAGGAAGAUUAUCCCAGUCAUUCAAUUUAUCUAUAUUUAUACAAUGGAUGGUGGCGGCUGCUACUAGUUCAGUUAUUAUAUGUUUUACCAAUUGGUAUUGUUGGUCAUUCACCGUUCAAUCCGAUAAUACGAUAUAUCCUAUUGGUCUCGUUAACUUCACUGCUAUUGUUGCCCUUAUCAACUUCAAAUGUCAAUUUUUAGAAAUGUUCAAUCGUACGUGGUUAGCCUUUAGUUCUUUUAUUUUAUCAGUUGGUGGGUGGUUUUUAUGGUGCAUUAUUUUACCAAUAUUCUAUGAGGAGGGUACAAUGUAUGAUGUGGAUGAAGGAUAUCAAUAUUUUGGAAAAGACAUCACCUUCUGGGCUACAUUGAUUUUGUUGACUAUGCUACCUAUAGUACUCGAUCUGGUUUAUCAAACUUUCAAGGUUCUUGUUUUACCAACCGAUACUGAUGUAUUCAGAGAAUUGGAACGGAAGGACGAAAUUAGAAAGAAGCUUGAGUUUGGCGCAUUAAAUGAAUUAAAGCAAAGUUGGACCUGGAGACGUGAUCCAAGUACAAUGAAAAGGUAUGCCAAUAAAGCCAUGUUGGGCAGGAGCGAUAGCUUUGAUGGUGUGAUAAAUCAUACUAGAUCAAGGAAGAAUACGCUUCCUGGGGCCAAUGAAUUGCCAUCUGGGACUCCUAGCCAAGUUAUGGUGAAUAGCGGUAUAACUUUCAAUUCCGAUGAGUAUGAACAACUGCCCAGUGGAAAGUUAAUCAAGAGGAAGAACUUGCAACUGAAAAGCAGUAGUAGUGGCGAAGGGGAACCUUUCACAUCGAAGCUGACCAGGAAAUUGAAAUUAAAAUCAGAACAGGAGGAAGAUGUAGAUCAGAUUAUUAAACAACGAUUAAAAGACUUAGAGUAA